CGGCACUUCCCUUUGUGGCAAGGUGUUGUGGCCAAGCAUGCUUGCCGCCCCCGCACUCGUCGCUUGGGUCAGCAGCACCGGCGAGGAGGGAGCUGGAGGCGGUCUCUCCGCGGGCCCGGGCGCCUUCGCCUUUAGGGCUGCAGGCCUCGGCCCGCUGCCAGGAGAGGACUGCUUCUGGUGGUGUGGCGCUCGAGACGGGCCCUGUCACGGCUUCUGCGGCGCCGGCCGCGCCUGCUGCGCGGCCAGCGACGCGCCGGCUGACAGUUGCCCAGCCGAGGUGCCGUGCGAGGGCAUGCACUGCUGCGUGGCCGAGUUGUCGGAACCGCCGCCUCCGCCUCUGCCGCCGCCCUCGCCGGCGCCGCCCUCGCCGCCUUCGCCGGCGCCGCCACCGCCCACCGACUGCCUGUACUGGUGCGGCGGCCGCGACGGCCCUUGCCCGGGCUUUUGUGGCGAGGGUGGCGCGUGCUGCAAGACGACCUACACGUUCUGGGGCGGGCUCGGACAGGCGGCGGCCGGAUGUCCGAUAGAGUCGUGCGACGGCCAGCACUGCUGCACUCCUCGCGCCCCAGAGCCGCCCGCACCGUCGCCGCUACCGUCGCCCCCACAGCCCCUCCCUCCGCCGCCGCCGCCGCCGCCGCCGCCGCCGCCACCCUCCCCGCCGAUGCCGCCGCCACCGUCGCAGCCACCGUCAACGCCACCGCCCGGGCCGCCGCCGCUACCCCCGCCGCCGCCACCGCCGCCGCCGCCACCACCUCCGCCGCCGCCACCCUCCCCGCCUAUGCCGCCGCCACCGUCGCACCCUCCUUCCGCGCCACCGCCUGGCCCGCCGCCGCUACCGCCGCCGCCGCCGCCGCCGCCACCGCCACCGCCGCCGCCCCUGCCGCCUCUGCCACCCAUGCCAGCGUCACCGUCGCAACCCCCUUCCGCGCCACCGCCUGGCCCGCCGCCGCUUCCGCCGCCGCCGCCGCCGCCGCCGCCGCCGCCGCCGCCGCCACACCCGCCCGCACCGCCUCCGAGCCCCGCGCCGGCGCCGCGGUGGACUGCGAUAAGCAUCGCGCCGCAGCCGCAACUGCCCUCCCCGCGGCCUCCGCCCCUCCCACCUCUUCCGCCUGAAGAGGCCCCCGGUGCGUUUUGGGCAGCCGUGACCGCGACUGCAGCUGAGAGUCUGGCCGGGCUAUAUGACGAAGGCUCGGAAACCGAAGCGCCGCCGCCGCCAGUCUUGCUGUUGCCCGGCCCGCCGCCGCCGCUGCCGCCGCCGCCGCCGCCGCCGCCGCCGCCGCCGCCGCGUCCACGACCAAAGCUGACGUGCCAAGAUGUGGCGCCCGACUGCGCAGACCGUCCGUAUGUGUGCCACGCGUUUGCCUACGCCUUCUCCCACUGCCAACGCACCUGCGGCUUUUGCACAGCGGCCGCGCUCCUCGAGGAUGGCUCCCGCAAGGACGCGCCGCCGCCUGGCCGAUCCUCUCUCCUGCUGCUCGUGCCGGCGUCUGCGCUCGCGGCGCCCGAUACACGUUGGCGUCGUCCGCCUCGAGACACGAGACGUAGACCCUUCCUCCUCUGUCGUCCUGUAGGCAGCGCUCGUCUUCGCCGCCACCGCGCCAUGGCGUGCAGCCUCGGCGAGUCUGGUGUGAUGCCAGAAGCUGGCGAGAGAAGGGCUCCCGCCCCCGUGCUCGCCGUGAAGCCCGUGUGGGUGGAGUGCGGGGGCUGUGCGCGUAUAGAGUUAUGGCCGUUCGAUGCCACGAUGGAGUGACGGGGGUCCGGUCGCGGGUCGCGCGGGAGCCGGGAGAGUCGAGAGAGAGCGCCAGCCGACAGAGCCGUGCGGCGUAUCCGUGUGUCGGAAAAUUGUGUCGGGAGUGUUUUCUA